AUGACAUCAAGAGAGUCCGGCAGAGUCAAAGAUGCGGAAAAAAAGAGAGUAUUGGAUGAUGCAUCAAGGAAGAGGCGAGCAAGAAAGGCAAUUGAAGCACUUGAACAAGACAAUUUUCAUGAAGACCCUCAUGCCGACUUAGUAAUGUCAAAAAAGGUACCAAAGUUUGCCGAUUCAAAUGAAAAACCAACAAGAAAGAAAAAAUCUAAAAGUGCUGAAUAUUAUAAGUUGAGGUUUAGAAAAACAUUCGCUCAAUUGGUUGAAGAGGAUGCUGGAUUUAGACCUGAUCCACCCAAUUAUCUGACUGCACAAGUGCCACCUUCUAGGUUUCCUGAUCGUCACUUUUGUGCUGUUUGUGGAUUUCCUUCAAAUUAUACUUGUAUUCCUUGCGGGGCGAGAUACUGCUCAGUGAAAUGCCUUGGAACCCACUUGGAUACACGAUGCCUAAAAUGGACUGCGUAAUUGGUUCAAUUUUAGUAAUGAUAAAAAUAUAUCUAAGUAGAAGUGGA